GAAACCAACGAGGAGGCUGAGCGAGGGAACCGAGGACAUCAGCGGGAAAAGUUAAAACAACACCCGUAAAUAGGAGCUGUUCGCCGAAGACCGUUAAAUACGUCUAAACAAGCGCCCUCUCUCUCUCUCUCUCCCCCCCUCUCCCUCCCUCCCUCCCUCCUAAGCGGUCGAGGAGGGUGGCAGGUGUUCAGCCAAAGGGGAGACGCGUCGCUUCAGUCGGCUCCCCGAGCCUCCACUGGGUGCCGGACGAAGAAACGCUAUAAAACCACCGUGAGUACGCGGGGAGAACACUGAAAACGUUUUUUUUUUUUUUGGGAAGUAACCUUUUUCUUUUCCCCCGACUGGACUGUUGUGGAGGACCGUUAGAGACUACUGGAUAACAGGGAGCGAAAUGCUCCAGUGUCGCAGCGGGAGUCUCGUCAUCGUCGGUUUAACGGACGUUUCCCCCCCGCGGUUCAAACCGACUGUUACCCCCCCUCUCGACUUUUACCGGCUCCCUUUCGCCUUUUAACAGAGCAAAUGCGACGGGAGUAGUUACGGAGAAAACUUAUAAUGCGUUUUUCUUUUCAUGCUAACCUGUUGUGUCAUCGUUCCGUGUAACAUAAGACCGGCAACUUAGCCUCUCUGGUAUCCGAGGAGAGGAGAGCCCCUGCCGGGAGGGAAAGAGAGCCAGCAGCCGGGGAGGGGCGGCCACUUGGGAUAACAGUUCACCUUCAUUUUGGAUUUCUUCACGCUUCUCCAUCACUACGCUUUCGCGGGAGGGUGGAAAACAAGGACUUUCCGGUUCGUUUAAUUAAACAAUAGAGUCGGAGUGCACAUAGUCGGUUUACCAGAAUCCGCGCGCUGUUAAUACGAGCACUCUCCCAAUAGUUACAAAUGACCCGCGGGACCAAAUCCCCCAGAGAAGACCUCACAACAAGCGCGCGUUUGAGGGUCGAUAGCGGAGAAUAAGCCGAUAAAUCUAAAAUACACUCAAGUGUAUUAAUCCGGCGCUUUUGGAUCAAUCCUAAUUAAAAUGAGGUAUUGCGGGACGGAGGAGACACCCGGACUCAGAGAUUACCGUUCCGUUACACCGUGAAGCCACGAAGACCCCCCUUUCCCCGGCUGCUUUUUCUUUUAUAUCCUUCAGAUUUUUUUAAAACAAUUUUUAUUUUUUAAACACCGGAGCCGAGGACCCUUGGGAGCGGCAAGCGACAGCGGUGAACUCCCGGAGCUCUUGAGCUUCACUCCCCCGGGGAGGCGCGGAGCCGGAGCCCGUUUCCUCGGACUUCUUCUCAGUCGUGUGCGAGGAGCAGAGCGACAGCGAGGGGGGAGAAAGAGGGAGAGAGAGAGAGAGAGAGAGAGAGAGAGAGAGAGAGAGAGUUGCAGCAGCAUACUUGAAGCACCAAGCGGGACACGGACGCUCUCGGUCCCCUUUCCCCCCUGCGUGAUGAAAGCGGGGAUUUUGAGCCAGGAGCGGUCGGCGGCGAUGGGCCGAGCGAGGAGGACGGCGGCGGGGACGGCCCGCGGCGGGAGCCGGUGUCCGCCUCUGCUCCUGCUGCUCCUUCUCGGGAGCUGCUGCCACAUGUUGCACGGACAAGAGGUGGCUCCCUACCUGCGGGGGGGUGGACUGAGGCAGCAGGUGGUGUUGGAGGGAAACAGGUUGGUGCUGACCUGCCUGGCUGGAGGCAGCUGGCCUCUGCAGUACCGCUGGACCCUGAACAACAGCGACGUCACCGGCUGGACGCCGCAGUACAGGUUGUCGGUCGGGUCUCUGAAGAGGACUGAUGCAGGCCUGUAUCAGUGCGUGGUGAGGAACCGGAUGGGAGCCGUCAUACACGGGAGGACGGAGGUGCAGGUGGCCUUUAUGGGGACCUUCUCCGCAGAGGAGCAGAGAAAGACGGUGACUCAGGGCCGAGCAGCCAUCAUCAACCAGCCUCCCCUCGCCUCCUUCCCCCGACCCCUGGUCACAUGGUACAAGGACGGACACAAGAUAAUCCCCAACAACCAAAUCGCAAUCACUUUGGACAAUCAGCUGGUCGUCCUGGCGACCACAGCGGCGGACGCCGGACGUUACCACGUCGAGGCGGUGAACGAGAUGACGGGGGAGAAUGCGACGAGUUCCGCCGUGUACCUCAGCAUCUCAGUUGGCAAGAAGAACCGCGGGUCAACAGAUCCGGAGUCGGAACUCGUGGCUCCGGCGAUUGUGAUCGGACCCAAAAACAAAACGGUGGUGGCGGGCAGCAGCGAGGCAACACUGGAGUGCAUCGCUAAUGCCAGACCCGUCGACGGCCUCGUGGUGUCAUGGAAACGCGAUGGGCGUCGUCUGGCCGGUGGGCGUCGGCUCAUUAUUCCCUCCCCCAACUCGUCAGACUCCGGGUUAUAUGUUUGUGAGGCGUCGCUUAGCAACAGCACUGCCAAACCUGUGGAGGCCAGGGCACACCUCACGGUGAUGGAGCUGCCUUCCCUCACUGCUCAACCUAAGAGGAAGAUCCUGGCUGACCUCGACAGGAACGUGGAGAUCCCCUGCACGGCUACAGGUGUGCCCCAGCCCCGAGUAGAGUGGUACAAGGACACGGUCCCUCUUUCCAAACUGGCCAACCCCCGCUACAAGGUCACCGCGGCAACCGGGCUGACGGUGCGCAGGGUGCAGCCAGGAGACGGAGGAAUCUUCCAGUGCUUCGCUCGCAACGCUGCCGGAGAAACUCAGGCACACGCACAACUGCUCGUAUCCAGCGUUUACCCCACGUUUACGUCCACGCCUUCCGACCAAACGGUAACCGAUGGGACCACGGCCUUGUUCACGUGCCAGACGAAUGGUGCUCCGAAGCCCGCCAUCACCUGGAGGAAAGGAUCACAGGUCUUGGCGAGCGGCUCCUUCCAGGUUCCGCGGUUCACGCUCUUGCAGUCAGGUGGUUUGCAGAUUCAGCCGGUCAACUUGCAGGACUCCGGAGAGUACACCUGCAUCGCCUCCAACUCCGGCGGGACCAUCAACGCCACCUCGGCGCUCACCGUCUGGACCCGUACAGUCAUUUCUGUGCCUCCAACCGACCAGCGUGUCAUCAAAGGAACCACUGCUAUUCUGGACUGUAAUGCAACACACGACCCCAGAGUCAAUAUCAGCUUCAGGUGGGAUCGAGGCGGUGUGCCGAUCCGUGCCACCAAUGUGGGUCGGGUUUCCAUGCGCCAGGGCUCUCUCACUAUUGGCCAGACGUGGUCAGGCGACAUCGGGGAUUACACCUGUACCGUGACGUCGCAGGCUGGCAACGAUUCUCACUCUGCACGCCUCGAAGUCAUUGAGCUGCCGCACUCUCCUCGCUCCCUGGCGGCCAGCCUCAACGACUCCGACUCCCGCUCCGUCCACCUGUCCUGGUUGCGGCCCUUUGAUGGCAACUCCCCACUCCUGUACUACCUGCUGGAGCUCUCUGAGAACAACUCGCCGUGGAAAGUCUACCUAUCCGAGGUCGAUCCAGCGGUGUCCCAGGUGUCGGUGGGCGGGCUCACACCUGCCAGGACCUAUCAGUUCAGGCUCUGUGCGGUCAAUCAAGUGGGCCGGGGUCAGUACAGCGCCGAGACGCAGAGAUUGAUGCUGAGGGAGGAGGCCCCCAGCGCUCCCCCGAAGAACAUAGUGGCCAGUGGGAGGACGAACCAGUCCAUCAUGGUCCAGUGGCAGCCUCCGCCCGAACCCCAGCUCAACGGAGUCCUCCGAGGAUACCUGCUCAGGUACCGUCUGGCUGGGCUGCCAGGGGACUACCAGGAGAAGAACAUCAGCAGCCCGGAGACCAACUACUGCCUGCUGAAGGAUCUGAUCAUCUGGACACAAUACCAGAUCCAGGUGGCUGCCUUCACCGGAGCCGGCCUGGGCGUCUACAGCAGCGCUGUCACCGAGUACACUCUGCAGGGAGUUCCCACAGCACCUCCGCAGGAAGUGGAAGUUCUAGCUAUCAACUCGACGACCAUCCGCUUCACAUGGAACCCGCCGCCUCAGCAGUUCAUUAACGGCAUCAACCAGGGCUACAAGCUGCUGGUCUGGCCUGAGCGGUCCCCGGAGGACGCCAUCGUGGUCACCAUCACGCCGGACUACCCCAGCUCGCGCCACACGGGGUUAGUCAGCGGACUCAAGAAAUUCACCUGGUACUUUGGCUCCACCCUCUGCUUCACCACGCCUGGAGACGGCCCCCGCAGCUCGCCCACUCUGCUGCAAACACACGAGGACACACCUGGACCCGUUCGCCUCCUGAGCUUCACUGAAAUCUUGGACACAUCACUCAGAGUCAGCUGGGUCGAGCCUGAAGACAAGAACGGCAUCAUUAUCGGCUACCAGUUGUGGUGGGAAGUGUCUGGCGCCGAGUCAAGUCGCGAGGAGCGUUCGCUGUCCAACUCCACCCUGCAGUACCAGCUGACAGGCCUCACCUCCACCACGGCGUACGCGCUGCGGGUGGCGGCGCUCACCGCUGCGGGGCGGGGCGUGGUCACGCCCUCCACCAUCUCCACCGGAGUGCCACCAGAGCUUCCUGGCGCGCCAUCGAAUUUGAUCAUCUCCAACAUCAGCCCUCGGACCGCAACCGUCCGCUUCCGUCCCGGUUCUGACGGCAAGACCGCCAUAUCGCGAUGGAUCGUCGAAGGCCAGGUGGUGAAGGAGGAGGGCGGGAAGGAGGAGGCGUGGCGAGUCGUCCUCGAGGAGAAGAACCGUCCAGAUGCGGACGCGCUGGAGGUCCCUGACCUCACGCCGUUCACCCAGUACAGGUUCAGGAUGCGGCAGGUGAACAUUGUCGGCUCCAGUGCCAUGAGCGCCCCCUCCAGGCUGAUUCAAACCCUGCAGGCUGCCCCCGACACGCACCCCUCUAACUUCACCCUGCUGUCUGCCACACAGACCAGCCUGCGCUUCAACUGGAAGCCCCUCCCAGAGUCCGAGUACAACAGCAGUCCAGAGACUGUGGGGUACCGGCUCAGACUGUGGAGGACAGACGGCCAGGGGGAGGACAGGACGCAGGACGUGGAGAGAGCGGGUGGCACCAAUGAGACCACGGUGGAGGGCCUGAACCCCUGGACGCAGUACCAGGUUCAGAUCCAGGCCUACAACUCCAUCGGACCCGGACCGUGGAGCGACACGGUCGCCGCCCUCACCGCGGAAUCCGUUCCGUCUGGGUCCCCGGUGAAUGUGACCGCUGAGGCAGUGAGCUCCACCAGGAUCCUGCUCAAGUGGUCCGCUCUCCCCCAGGCACAGAGGAAUGGAGUCGUACUUGGAUACAAGGUGACGUACAGCGAGAAGGACUCGGGAGGCCCCCCCACUGUGCAGGUGGCAGAAGGCGAGGGGGGGGUGACGCUGCUGCUCGACGCUCUGCAGAAAUACUCAAUGUACGUGCUGCAGGUGCUGGCGUACACGCGGAUGGGCGACGGCCCGCAGAGCAACCCCGUGCUGCUCAGAACCAAAGAAGAUGUCCCAGGCCCCCCUGUCAGGAUGGUGUUUCCAGAAGUUCGGUUGUCAUCCAUUAGGGUGGUUUGGCAGCCACCCACAAACCCCAACGGCAUCAUAUUAGGCUACCAGAUCUCCUACUGCUCGGACAGCAGGGACCCUCGGCGAUGGACCACGGUGGAGGUGGGCUCCAACGCGCGGCAGUUCACCGUCACGGGGCUCUCCCCCGAGCAGGCCUACGUUUUCCGACUCACCGCCCGCACCGCCGUGGGCUGGGGGGCGGAGCAGGAGGCCCAGGUCGUCACCACGGAGCGCAGAGAGCGUCCCCAGCCACCCAGGAAGCUGGCUGCUCCUCAGGACGGGGUCGAAUCUCGCCGCCUUCGCCUCCACUGGGUGACGGGCGGCUCCGGCUCCUCGCCGCUGAGGUACUUCACUCUGCAGGCCAAGGAGCUGCCCAGCGGGGACUGGAACACGCACGCCGCCGACAUCCCGCACAACGUGACCUCCUGGACCGCUGACAGGCUGAAGCCCUUUACGUCGUACAAGUUCCGGAUGCUGGCCACCAACGAUGUGGGAGACAGCGUCCUCAGCAAAGAGACGGAGGCUGUUACAACUCUGCAGGACGUGCCCGACGAGCCCCCACUGAUCCUCGCUGUGAAACCAACAACCACUACCUCAGUCCUGGUGCAGUGGGAGCGUCCCGACGACGACAGCAUCAACGGCGUGCUGACGGGAUACCGCCUGUAUUAUAGAGAGCUGCCAGUGAACACCUCCGCUUUGGCUGAAGCAGAAGUCCAGGCGACCAAGAACAACACCACAAGCGCCCUCAUUACAACCAAGAGCACGUUCAAGACAGUGAGCAGUGCCUCGCUGACGGAGUUUGAGUUGACACAGCUGAAGAAGUUCAAACGCUACCAGAUUGUCAUGACCAGCUACAACAUCGUUGGAGAGAGCCCCCCCUCGUCCCCAGUCGAGGUGUCUGUUGGAGAAGCAGCUCCCUCGGUGGCCCCUCAGUCCAUCAAAGUGUCAGCGGUGUCCUCCUCCAUCCUGGAAGUGACCUGGGACACCCCCCCCCUCGAGACCCAGAAUGGACUCAUCCAAGGAUACAAGGUCCACUACUGGGAGAGGGACAAGCAGAACCAGACCGAGAAGGUCCAGGUGAUCUUUGUCCCGGACACCCGGGUGCACCUCACCAACCUGACCAGCUACACGCCUCACCUGGUCACCCUGACUGCCUUCAACACGGCCGGGGACGGCCCCCCCAGCGACCCGCGCGGGGCCCGCACCCUGCAGUCCGCUCCCGGCCAGCCCAGCUACCUGACCUUCUCAGAGGUGACGGGAGGAAGCCUCAAUGUGUCCUGGGGGGCGCCGCUCACUCCCAACGGACAGCUGGAGGGCUACAGGGUCGUCUACCAGCCCACCGCUCCUGUGCAAGGAGUGAGCAAAGUGGUGACGGUGGACGUGAGGGGCAGCUGGCAGCGGUGGCUGAAGGUUCGAGACCUGGUCACGGGAGCGACGUACGCCUUCAGCGCUCAGGCUCUCACCGUCAGCUACGGGCCGCCGAUACGGGCCAACAUCAGCGCUCAGCCCGCGCAAGGCUCCCCCGGGUCACCGACGGAAAUGUCCAUCACCAAGACGACCUCCGCCCUCACCCUCCACUGGGCGGAGGGGGAAAUGGGCGCAGCGCCCAUCAGCGGCUAUGUCGUCGAGGCGCGUCCGUCAGACGAAGGAGUGUGGGAUACCUUCAUCAGACUCCUCCCCCCGAGCAGCAGGUCUGUCUUAGUCCCACUGGAGCGCCUGAGGUCUGGGAUCAGCUACGAGUUCAGAGUCAUUGCUGUUAAUCGCCAUGGUUACGGACAGCCGAGCACACCCUCUGCUGCUCUCGCCGCGCUGUCGGAGCGCCCGUUCUUUUAGGAGUGGUGGUUCCUGCUGGUCAUGGCCCUGGUGGGACUCAUCCUCAUUCUGGUCCUGGGCUUCACACUGCUGCUGCACGGACACAGCAGCAAAUACAAGGCGUGUG